CUCGGGUUAAUCUUGGUCCCGGCCAGGGGCCGCCAAGCUUCUGGAAACGACAAAUUACGUUAUGGGAACAUUGAAUGGUCCACUGCAGCGGUCGAGCCGGCAAUUAUUCACGAGGAUGCGUCUCGCCGUUCCUGCAACAAAGUAUCCGUAUUUUUGCCUUGGUUCUCUUGGGGCUUCUACCGCGCAUUCAUCGCCCAAACGAGGUCGAAGAGCGGCCGCUUAGUUCGGGAGCGAACACCAGCGGGUGCAUCCUGGCCAGCACUGGCCGCAGCAAUCCACGAUCAUGGGCCAAGAUUUCUCCGAUGCCAGCUCCCGUUCUUCCUUCGACGACGACGACGACGACCCCGAGGCCGCCCUCAACCCGCACGGCGACGACGACGACGACACCGACAACGUGGCUCCCCUCCGCCUCCGCCGCCUGCCUCCCCGGGGAGAGCAGGAUGCCAGCAGCGCCGUGUUGCUGCCCGGGGACGGCACCAUCAUGUCAGUAUACAUGAUGAUGCACCGGAUCCGGCGCCUGGUCAUUGCCGCCAUCGAUGACAUCUACACGUUGGACGAGCUUCGAGCGCCCCAUAUGGACCGCCAAGUUGUGCGGCCGCUCGUCGACCGGCUUUACAAUCCGCAGGACCCCGCGAUCGUGUACUGUCUCGUCGCCAAUCGAGUCCAGUUCCUCCGUCCCCGUUCCAGCGAGGCGCUGCACCAGGGUGUUCACGAGUCGCGUGCCAUCCUCUGCGAGCUUGUCGCAACCCGUAUCCUCCGCCGAUUCCGUGAAGAUCAUCCAGGGCGCCCAGGUCUCCUCCUCCUGGCCAACAUCCUGGUCUCCGGCUUUGAUCCUUGUGAUGCGGCGCCCGAGUCUGUGCGGUCCCGUCGUCCGCAAUGGGCGAUUCAGAAGCGCGGUGGCCACGAGCGGAAGCUGACUGCGCUGGAGCUCGCCAUCAUCUCGGAGAGCAAGAUGCUCAUCAAGUCUCCGGCCUGCCAGCUCGUCGUCGACGCCGUAUACAAGGGAGUCGUUGUCUACACCCCCCUCUCUUUCGUCGACUUCCUCCCGGACCACUACAAGCACCACCCCGUCUCGCUCUAUGAGCCUCGCCGGGCGCCCAUUCUCAACCACCACCGGCUCAUCGUGCCCCAGAUCCGGAACGCGAUAGAGCUGCUGCACUUCGCCAUCCUACUGCUCCUGUACAUGCUGACGGUGGCUCACUACGGGCUUGGUGCCGACAUGGAGGGUCUCCGCCUCUACGAGACGUUAUUCAAUGUCUUCGCCGCUGGCUGGGUGCUCGAGCAGUUUGCGGCAGUCGUCGAGCACGGAUGGGAGGUACACGCCCAGAACCUCUGGUCUUUUCUCGACCUUACUUUUGUCGCCAUCUACGGCGCCUAUGGCUUUGUGCGCGCGGUUGAGUUGCUGCUUUUCGACGACGCCUACUACGCCCUGCCGGUUCUCUGCACCGCGGCGCCCGUGCUGCUGACCCGGAUCGCGUUCACCUUGAUGCCGGAUAACAUCGUCUUCAUUGCCCUCCACGCCAUGAUGCGAGACUUCACCAGGCUCACCUUUAUUGCCGUCUGGUGCUUCGCCGGCUUCGUCGUCGGCUUGCUGUUCCUCGCAAGGACAAGCGGCGAGGACUCGCUGAACGCGGGCGUGACCUGGGCCACAAUCACCAAAUGGCUGCUGUGGAUCUGGUUCGGACUCGACGGGACGGGCAUCGAGCGCUCCGCCGAUUUCCACCUGAUUCUAGGGCCGACCCUGAUCAUCACCUUUGCCUUCCUCGGCAACACGCUGUUCCUUACCAUCCUCGUCGCCAUCCUGACCAACACGUUCUCCAAGAUCAUAUCGAACGAAGCGGCCGAGAUCCAGUUCCGCCGCGCAGUCCUGACCUUCCAGGGCGUCAAGAGCGACGCUAUCUUCUCAUAUCCGCCGCCCUUCAACAUGGCCGCGCUGAUGAUUCUCCUGCCGAUCAAGUUCUUGGUCGGGCCGCUCGCCUUCCACCGCAUAAACGUCGCCGCGAUCCGGGCGCUCAACGCCCCAGUCCUCCUGCUCAUCGGCCUGUGGGAGCGGCGGCGCGUGUGGGCCCGGCGGGCCAAGUCGUCUCGGUUCCGGUACUGGCGCUACUUUGCCGGUCUGUCUCCCCACGGGGACAUCCAGGCCGUCUUCAGCUCGGAGCCGCCGCCCGAGAUCGUGGACGCCCUCGAAAAGAUGGAUGCGCUGCACGAUCUGGCAACCGUCGACCGCGAGCUUGCCGCUCACUCGCCCAAGGAUCUGCGCGCGCCGCCCGCAUCGGCUGUACGAAGGCGAAGGACGUCCAACAGCAGCAGCAUCAGGAGGUUUGAGGUGUAGCAC